AUAAUAUAUUUAAAAAAAUAUAUGAUUAGUGAUUUAAAAAAUCAUAAUUGUACACACAUACAGAUAUAAUCCUCUCUCCUUAUAAUAUCUUGUACAAAUACUCUUCUUGUUGAAAUCUACGUUCAUAUUUAUUAAAAUAUGCUCAAUAUUGCAGAAAAAAAAUGGAUUUUAUUACCAACACUUUGAUUUACCGUACGUUAUAUCACAUCUCUGUAUUUUACAAAUGAAACGAAGACAAUGUCAUGAAUAUUAAAAAGUUUCGUAAUUACGAGUCAUGUGGUAGCAACCGUAGAAUCGAGAAUGUAUUAGCAUUAUUGCCACUUGCGUUAAUAUAAUCUCGCUUAUGACAAUCGAAUCUAACGUAGUCAAGUACGCACACGAUUGUAAAUAUGUUUAUCAAAAUUUGUUUUUUCGUUUCUCUGAUAAGCGCGAGUGUCAGUGUGUAUACGACAAUCAGCAGUAAGGCUAACAAUAUUACGUUCAAGUACACAAAAGGAGUUGAAGGGGAAAGCGAUUUACAUAACUGUGAGCCGUACGAGGUAUGUAAUGUAAUUCAUGACCGAUUUUGGAUGCCCGGUUUAACGGAAAGACUUUGCCACUGUCCUAAUGGAAGAGAAUGUCCGUGGCAAUGGACGAAAACCUUUGAUAAUUCAACUAUAUUCCUUAAUAAUAGAUCCAUUCUGAAGUUUUGCACACAAUUAAUGGAACUGGAGACAUGUGCGUAUAAACAAGAGGCAGUGGUAGUACACGGGGAAGGUGAUACGAAUAAUAGCUACAUAAUACCGUACAAUGUGACAAUAAGUUGCAUAUGUCCGCAAACACAUUACUGGAAGUUGCAAAAAUACACGUACGAAGAGCACGGUCUCGUUCAAAUAUUCAGAUGUGUUAAGAAAAGAAUGUGCGAAUCUCUGGAAUUUUGCGGCUACAUACGAUCUGAUCUAUAUUCGACCUAUUACAGAUGUACCUGCCCAGAAAAGCAUUUAUGCGUUUUUAAGAAUAAGACACAGGUAAAUGUACAAGAACUACUCUAUUCUGGGCCUGCUUAUAUGGCUUAUUGUUACCGUUACUAAAUAUACAAAGAUAUUAUAAUUUAAUAAAUAUAAAAAAAAACUACGAAAAAUACUUUUAACGAUGCCACGUGUAUG